UGAACUCAUACUGAAAAUAAAUGUUUUUGUUUUUUUGGGUUUUUCAUAUGGGUUUAUUGAUGAGUUAGAGUUUGUCUACAUUCAUUGAAUCGAUUAUAGUUCAAACCAGAUUCCUUUUGAGUCUCUCUCUACUGCUUUUCAUCACUCUAAUGGCAGAUUCCAACAACCAUAUCAAAAUCAUCGCCGGAGCCGAUGAUUUCGGCACACCUCUCAAAGAUGCUUUGCUCUCUCACCUCCGUUCCCUCAACAUCCAAGUCGAAGAUCUCGGAACAUCCUCUUACUAUUCCGCCGGCGCUGAAGUUGGCCGCAGAGUCUCUCAAUCCAUAUCAUCUUCCUCCCCGGAGGUCCGUGGUCUCGUCGCUUGCGGCACCGGUGCUGGCGUCUCCAUUUUCGCCAACAAAUUCCCCGGCGUAUUUGCCACCACCUGUCUUACUCCCUCUGACGCUGUAAAUGCUCGAUCAAUCAACAAUUCAAACGUCCUCGCCGUCUCCGGCAAGUACACUUCAACUGAAACCGCAAUUGAGAUUGUUAACACAUGGCUGAACACGCCGUUCAAGUCUCCGUGUCCGGCAAAUGAUAACAAACCAUGGCCAGAGGAGAUUGAGAACUCUCUAGACAAGUCACUGGUUGAAAUGCCGGAAAUUGGAAAAGGUGAACCGGUUGACACGUGUGCGGUUUGUUGUUUGGUGAAGAACCGGGAAUUGAACCCGAUUGAUUUGAUUCCGGGAGGGUCAAUGAAGAUUGUUAGAGAGACUCCGACGUCGGCGUUCGUGAGGUUUAAAGCCGGGAGUGUGGAGCCGGCUCAUCAUCAUACGUUUGGACAUGAUUUGGUAGUGAUUGAAGGGAAGAAGAGUGUUUGGAAUUUGACGAAGGAAGAGAGAUAUGAUCUAACGGUUGGGGAUUACUUGUUUACUCCUGCUGGUGAUGUGCAUAGGGUGAAGUAUCAUGAAGAUACUGAGUUUUUCAUCAAGUGGGAUGGUCACUGGGAUAUGUUUUUUGAUGAGGACCUUGAAACUGGCAAAAUUGCAAUUGAUAAAGAAUUAGGGUUAGCCAAGUGAUUUUGUGAGUCAAUCUCAAACUAUAUCUACUCUUACAAAUCAUAUUGUGUUGUGUGUCCUCACUGUACUAUAUGAUGGUUGUUUCAUAUUUGUGUUGUGUGUUUUUGUGAAAUAAUAAUUAAUAAGCUCAAAUGUUUUUGUUGUGUCAA